AUGGAGAGCGCGGCGCUGAGCGGCGCGCAGCGCGCGCUCAUCCGGCAGAGCUGGCGGCGGGUGCGGCGCGAGCCCGAGCAGCACGGCGCGGUGCUCUUCCGCAGGUUGUUUGAUCUGGACCCUGACCUGUUGCCCCUUUUCCAGUACAACUGCAAGCAGUUUGCGAGCCCGGAGGAGUGCCUGUCUGCUCCCGAGUUCCUGGAUCACAUACGGAAGGUGAUGCUGGUGAUCGAUGCCGCUGUGAACCACUUGGAGGACUUACCAUGCCUGGAGGAGUAUCUCCGCAACCUGGGCAAGAAGCAUCAGGCGGUUGGUGUGAAGGUUGAGUCCUUCUCGACUGUUGGCGAGUCCUUGCUGUACAUGCUGGAAAACUGCCUUGGCGCUGCCUUCUGCCCGGAUGCGCGGGAGGCUUGGACCAAACUCUACGAGGCCGUGGUGCAAGCCAUGCGCCGUGGCUGGGACGCUCUCCCGGAAGGGAUCUAGAUCCUGCAAGCCUUCCCCAUCCUUAACCUCACAGAAACCCUGCGCAAGGGACGCUCUCUCUCUGCCUCUCUCUGCCUUUCUCUGUGUCUCAGUCUGUCUCUGUCUCUCGCAGCCGUGUGCGCUUCAGGGCUCUCUCAGUAAUUCUGCCUUGGUUUGGCAUGGCCACGUCUCUGGCUUUGCUGGUGGCUGACAGGGUAUUUCUCGGCAGCAAAGUAUGGGAGUGAUGCAGCACCGAUACAUCAACCUGCUCCAGGUUCCCCGGGGCUCGCUGGAGCACCAUCUCCAAUGUCUGUAUCCUGGUUCUCGGCUGGCUUCCCUGUUUUUGCUGUCAGUGACAGCUAACAUAGGCCUCUUGGGUGUCUUCCCACUGGAGCCCGCCCAGCUGCAGGGCUCUUGUUGGCCGUGUUGGGGAUGCGCGAGGUCGGUCGCAGCUCGCUCCUCAGGUGCUGCUGUGCCUGGCUUGCUGUGUGGGCAAUGGCUCACUCCACUCCCUGCAAAAGUAGGGACAGCUGCAGCCGUUUUGGCCAGCAGAGAUGGUGGGAACUGGCUAUGUAGUGUAGUCAUCCUCCUCUAAAUUGGCAAUGUGUUUUUUCCCUCCUUCUUUUCACCCAAGCAUUCUCCCAGCAUCUCUCCUGGGCGAUUAGUACUAGUGAUGUCUUCUAACCUGCCUCUUCUCUAGAUAGGAUCCAAAGCUUCUGUAAGGUUGGUCAAAACUCUGUUUCCUAGGGAUGUUUCAAGCAUUGGGAACACACUAAUCCCAAGGUAAGGCUGCUUUUAUUAGGCCUGGGCUGUUAGCUGGUUUUGACUUCUGUUGUCUUGGUUAUUUAUUUUAACCUGAGAGCCAGCUGAAUUUUGGUACUAAUGGCACCCAUUUAAAGUGUUUUGUGUAAAGGAGAGUGAGGUAGAUACAACAAAAGCUGUCCUAGAACAAAAGCUGUCCUCCAGCUCCUGCUCAGAGGAAGGCGAACUAGAAUUUCUCACCUGAUGCUGUCAGGACCUGGAGCGUGUCCAAGCUGCACGUAAUGUGCAUUUGCAGAGCUUCCUUACCCUUCAGAAAUAAUUCCCAGCUAUUGCUGAGGGUCGGACGCUUUGGAGGGGAGCAAGGCACCUGAGAAGUAGUGUACAGCAACGUGGUGUUAGAUGAGGAGUAAAGAAACCCUGUGUGCCAGAUGAGAUUCAAGGUAGAUGGCUGAGAAGCAGCAUCUGAUGUCUCCAGUGGGAACUGAACCUGGGCACUUUGAAGAAGAGCUCAUCUUUACUGGGAUGUCACUGUGGGAUGGGCAUAGCCGUGUUUCUAGCCGUUGCUAGCCCUCGGGAAGGAUACAGAGCAAGGAACCAGUUACAGGCAGCCAGGAGCUCUCUUGGCACGUGUGCGAGGGGAGCUGAGGGGUGUUGCGCUUGCCCAACGUGUGUGAUGGCCAUCGCAGCCGGUAGCCUGUGGUGCUCACCACAGCACCUGCCCUCUCCUGCCCUACCCAGAGCCUGGCAGGUUUGCAGCGCGGUGCCCUGCUUCCUCCGCUGGCGCUGCCUCCCUGCACGGGGCUCCCUGGGCACCGGUGCUUUCUCCUCACUUGUGCUUCAGGGGUGCUGCCAGCUGAGGUUCAGGAAUGGGAAUAUCCCAUCUGGAGCCCUACUCCAGGGGGUGACAGCCCUCAGCAUCCCAGAGGGAGACCUUUUGGCUUUCCAUGACAUGUAGACAGACCUGUGUGUGUAUG